AUGGAGACACUUGUAUUCUUGGGUGUCUGCCUUGUUGUAGCCCUGACUGUGCCCAGUGCUGAAACCAAGAAAUUCAGCCAAUGCGAACUGGCUCAGGUCCUGAAGAAGAGUGGCAUUGAUGGCUUUGUGAGCACCAAAGUGGCUGACUGGGUCUGUCUGGCAAAAUAUGAGAGUUCUUAUGACACCAAGGCAAUCAAUGAUAAUGGCAAUAGCCGUGACUAUGGGAUCUUCCAGAUCAACAGCAAACAUUGGCAUGACGAUGGAAGGACUCCAGAUGCCAAGAAUGCCUGCCACAUUGAUUGCAGAAAAUUGCUGAAUGAUAACAUUGAAGAUGACCUCAAAUGUGCCAAGCAAAUAGCAGAGGAGGCCAAAGGAUUGACACCCUGGAUUGGUUGGAAGAAUCACUGCCAAGGGAAAAAAGUUGAUAAAUAUGUCAAGGGUUGCUUCUAG